AGUGCCGCACAUCCGCAUUUGGCCACUUUUUGACGAGCACGCGUAGUGUCAUCUUGGGCUUUCCUUCUGCAACCGAAAUAAUGGCCGCAUCUAUUGAUCCCAACUCGGCUGUUUAUGCUACCGAUGAAUAUGGUAGACCAUUCAUCAUUGUCCGUGAGGGACAGAGAAAAUCAAGAUUGAGUGGCAUCGCCGCUAUUCGGUCCCAUAUUUUAGCUGCCAAAACCGUCUCCAGCAUCAUCAGAACUUCGUUGGGUCCUCGAGGUCUUGACAAGAUUCUCAUCUCUCCUGAUGGUGACAUCACGGUGACCAACGAUGGUGCCACUAUUCUUGAGCAGAUGGAAGUGGAACAUCAAAUCGCUAAGCUCCUUGUCCAAUUGUCCAAGAGUCAAGAUGACGAGAUUGGUGAUGGUACUACCGGUGUAGUUGUGCUCGCUGGUGCUCUUUUGGAACAAUGCGAAACCCUCUUGGAUCGUGGUAUUCAUCCUAUUCGUAUUGCCGAUGGUUUUGAACGAGCCUGCGGGGUGGCUAUCAAGCACUUGGACGAUAUUUCGGAUACAAUUGAAUUCAGCAAAGAAAACGUCGCCAAUUUGAAGAAAACGGCCAUGACCAGUCUCGGCAGCAAAAUUGUUUCCAAGUGUCAUGAACAGUUUGCCGAUAUUGCCGUCAAUGCUGUUCUCUCUGUGGCUGAUUUGGAACGCAAAGAUGUUGAUUUCGAAUUGAUCAAGGUGGAUGGCAAAGUAGGAGGUUCAUUGCAAGAUACCGUUCUCGUUCAAGGCGUCGUUGUCGACAAAGACAUGUCACAUCCUCAGAUGCCGCGUGAAGUUCGCGAUGCCAAAUUAGCCAUCCUCACCUGUCCCUUUGAACCCCCACGUCCCAAGACCAAACAUAAGCUCGACAUUACCUCGGUCGAAGAGUACCAAAAAUUGCAAGAAUACGAACGAGAAAAGUUCUCGGACAUGAUCCAAAAGGUGAAAGAUUCAGGAGCCAAUUUGGUCAUUUGUCAAUGGGGUUUCGAUGACGAAGCCAAUCACUUGUUAUUACAAAACCAAUUACCCGCUGUACGAUGGGUGGGUGGCCCUGAAAUUGAAUUGAUCGCUAUUGCCACCAACGGUCGUAUUGUCCCUCGAUUUGACGAUCUGUCACCGGAAAAAUUGGGCCAUGCCGGCAUUGUCCGCGAAUUGUCCUUUGGUACCACCAAGGACCGUAUGCUUGUGAUUGAGGAAUGUGCCAACACCCGUGCCGUCACCGUUUUUGUACGAGGUGGUAACAAGAUGAUCAUCGAUGAAGCCAAGCGUUCUCUUCACGAUGCCAUUUGCGCUGUUCGCAAUUUGGUGCGCGACAACCGUGUCGUAUACGGUGGUGGUGCCGCUGAAAUCAGCUGUUCAUUGGCUGUAGCCAAGGUGGCCGAUGAAUUGUCGACGAUCGAGCAAUAUGCCAUGCGUGCUUUUGCGGAUGCCUUGGACGCUACCCCGUUGGCGCUUGCCGAAAACUCUGGUCUUUCUCCUAUCGAGACCCUGGCCGAGGUGAAGGCACAACAGGCAACCACUGGUAACCCGCGGUUAGGUGUCGAUUGUCUUUACAAGAACAGCAACGACAUGAAGGAGCAACAUGUGUAUGAUCCAUUGAUCUCCAAGCGUCAGCAAUUCCUUUUGGCGACACAGCUUGUCAAGAUGAUUCUCAAGAUUGAUGAUGUGAUUACAACCGGUGCUGAUGAGUAAAGACAGAGGGAACAGAAAAAAAUAACAUUGUGAUUAAUUUGCAAGCAUAAAGCAUUCUUUUUUGUGG